GUUCCCGGUGAGGGUGUGUAGUUUGUCAAAAGGGCCUAUUUUGUAAUCUAUGCCUGCAGUUAUAAUAUGUCCAGUCUGAAAAUUGUGUCACGGAAUGGUAGUGGUUGAGAUGGUUAUGGUGUAACAGACGACAUGAGCAUGUUGGACUCACGAUCAGUGACUGCGGAUAGACACCUCAUCAAGAGCAACGGAGUGCGGCCCCCACCCCACCACAUGGCCGCCAUGCGAUCACAUAGUACGUUGGUCAAGGCUAUAGGCAAGGCAGGUCAGGAUGACGUGUGCUAUGUGGUGGCUAAGUACGAUUACGCCGCGCAAGGCGCACAGGAGCUGGAUUUGCGCAAAAACGAGCGCUAUUUGCUGCUGGACGACUCCAAGCACUGGUGGCGAGUACAGAACGCUCGUAACCAAGCUGGCUAUGUGCCGAGUAACUACGUCAAGAAGGAAAAACCAUCCUUGUUUGACAGCAUCAAGAAAAAAGUAAAGAAAGGGGGAGGGGGCAGUAAGACGCUGCCCUCAAGCAGUUCACCUCACCGCGCGAUGGAGAGUCCAACGACAGCACGGCGACUCCCAGCUGAUCCGUCAGAGGCCAUCGGAACAGCUGUUGUCAAAUAUAACUAUCAGGCCCAACAACCCGACGAACUUAGCCUCAUCAAGGGGACGAGAAUACUCAUACUGGAGAAGAGCAAUGAUGGGUGGUGGCGAGGUCAGAGCGGGUCGCAAGCUGGUUGGUUUCCUAGCAACUACACGCAGGAGGAGACAGAUGCGGACGACACAUUACACACGUACGCCAUGGCUGAGAAUGUGCUGGACAUUGUGGUGGCCCUCUACAGCUUUACGUCCACCAACGACCAGGAGCUGAGCUUUGAGAAGGGUGAUCGGCUGGAGAUAUUGGACCGGCCACCGUCGGACCCUGAGUGGUACAAGGCAAGGAACAGUCACGGACAGAUCGGUCUGGUGCCCAGGAACUACCUACAGGAGUUGAGUGAAUACCUGACGCAGCCGCUACGUGAGCGUGUUGGAACGGGCGGCAGUGGAGGGGGCGGUGGGGGAGGAGAUAACUUACCUGACAGACCGCACCUGGUGGGCAAACCUUGGUACUACGGAGUCAUCACUCGGGCUCAGUGCGAUACCCUGCUCAACCAACAAGGCCACGACGGCGAUUUCCUCAUACGGGACAGCGAGACCAACAUGGGUGAUUACUCUGUGUCGCUCAAAGCGCCUGGCCGCAACAAACACUUCCGAGUGCACGUGGAAGGUGCGCUCUACUGCAUCGGCCAGCGCAAGUUCCACACUCUGGACCAGCUCGUGGACCAUUACCAGCGAGCGCCCAUCUACACCAACAAGCAAGGCGAGAAACUCUACCUUGUCAGACCUCUUCCGCGGUCCAACAACAACUGCUAAUCCGUUACCAAAGCCAGAACAGUUUAGUUUAGUUUUUUAUUGCUUGAAGCGUAUUUCAGUGUGAUUUAUUUAUUAAGUGAGCUGUGAAACGGACACGAGCUCCCUUCGUACAACGAUGUAUUUUGUUUUGAACGGCGGCUCAAAUUUUUUUAAAGUAAGAUUUUUAAUUUUCCGAGAGUAUUGUGCUGCUAGUCUCGACAGUGGAUGGACGGCCAGACAGGUUGUGAUGUGAUAAACUAGAAUGGUCCACGAUUCGAUGGAUUUUUAUAUGAUGGAAAUCGAUCGCUUUUUCCAAUUUUUGUAUCGGUCCUAAGACACGGCUUGCCGGUUUGUAAUGUAUUUUGUAUUUAAAAUAUAUAUAUUUUGUAGCAUUGUUACGAUUCGAGUGUAUAUGUGUUGUAUGAGUGUGCACAUUUUUCGAUGUUUAGUUUUUAUAAGAUCGUCCAAAGCCUU